UUCCAUUUUCCCCCGUUGCUCAGCUCAGUUAUCUGUUGCACUGUGGUUCCUCUUGGCUAUGGCGUUCUUCACUUAAACCGUUAAACGCAUUCGCUAAUCUCACCACAACCAGAAUCCCCAUGGCUUUCACUCCCAAUUUUCAGGAACGAACCGUUUCUUUGUUGUGGAUGAAUAGGUGGAGAUGGAGAGGAGAGAAUUUGACAGCAAAAUUAGGGGUGGAUUAGUCAGAGCAGCCAUUAACCAAUAUGGAGAUGGAAAAGGAGAUGGUAUUUCUUGGAAGAAAUCACUUCCCCAAGAUUCCUCAGAGUAUUCCUUAAAGGCAAGAGAGCUCCAAAAGGCAAAGACAGAUAUUGACCAUUAUAAAAAAAGCAGAAAUGCAGCAGAUUCCUUUAGUGCCCAAGCUCAACUUGAGCUCCUCAAUGCCAAGAACACAGUGAAAAAUCUCUCUUCCCUUUUUGACAAAUCAAAUGCCACGGCGCGGGUGCAUAAGCGGGAACUCGAAACGUUGAAGAAGUCAAGUUCGGUCCAGGACUCACGGUUGGCUGUUGCAAGCAGUGAGAAUCAUGAGUAUGUAGACUUGAUGCGGGAAUUGGAAUCUGCAAAACUAGAAUUAAGUAAACUCAAACUUGAUGUGUCUUCUGUUUUUCAUGAGAAAUUGCAGGCAGAAAAGGAAAAAGAAGAAGCCAUUUUGAAAUUUCAAUCCUUGUCAAGCUCUAUUGAAGAGCUAAGGAAGGAGAUUGAUGAAAUAAAUGAAGAACAAGUACUAGUUGAGUUAGCCCAGAUAGAGGCUUUGAAGGAGUUUCAGGAGAUUGAAGCCCAGAGAAGCAUGGAAGCCAAAGAAUUCUUAUGUGCAAUUGAGAACAAGAGGAAGAAUAUUAAUGAUCUUGUUCAAGAGGUUGAAGGCUUGAAAGAGCUAGAAAAGCAAUUUAGUCUCACAAUGUCAGAUGUGAAUGUGUUACAGAGGGAACUAAAGUUGGUCAAGGAAUUAGACAUCAAAGCUCAGAGAAAAGUUAUGAUGACAGAAUUGGAAAGAAAAUCUCAGGUAGAAGAAGAUGAGCUUUUGUUGCAAUCCAUCACAGAAGAACUCAAGACUGCAAAGAAGGAUUUGGCCUUAAUACGUGAUGAAGGGUUUCAGUUCAUGACAUCAAUGGAUGCUGUACGAAGGGAACUAAAGCAUGUCAAGGAAGAGAUUGCUAAUUUGAAGAAACCUGAUGAAAACAGAGAUUCAAUUGUUCAAAAACUGAACUCUAAGCUGCUUAGAGCAAAAACCAAAUUGGAGGCUGUGUCGUCUGCUGAAGAGAAAGUCAAAGCUAUUGCUUCUAAUUUGUCGAUCAGCAUAGAACAAAUGAAGAAAGAAACGGAGGCUGCAAAGAAAGAAAAGGAACUUACUGACGAAGAAAUAAAAAACAUUAAAGCAGAAAUCCAAAAGACCGAAUCUGAAAUCGACUUAAACGAGGAAUGCUUGCAAGAUGCCUUGCAAGAGCUCGAAAAAGUGAAAUCGUCUGAGGCUUUGGUACUUGCAAAUUUGAAGUCACUAACAGAAAGUACAAUGAGAUCUAGAGCUUCUGCAACUAAGAGUAGCUCCUUUAUCACCAUCUCUCGUUUUGAAUACGAGUACUUAGCUGGUCGUGCAGUUGCAGCACAAGAAAUUGCUGACAAAAAAGUUGCAGCAGCUCAGGCUUGGAUUGAAGCCAUUAAUGCAAGUGAAGUUGAAACAAGAAGGAAAUGUGAGUUGGCCGAACUGGAAAUCGGAGAGAUGAGAAUGGAAGAAGAGAAACAGGCAUACAGGGCAAACAGAUCACUUUCUGCAAAAAGAAUGGUGGAGGGAGAGUUACAGAACUGGAGACAAAAGCGCGAGAAGAAUGCAGAAGAUGAUAAUGAGGAGCCAGCAAAUCGUCAAAAAUCCAUUAGGAGAAAUGGAAGUAUGACUCCAUCAAGGCGAUUAAAGUUCAGAAUAUCAGCUUCACCAUCGCCUCAUAUGAUGAAUGGAAGAACUGCCUCCUUUUCAAUGCAGAAGAGAACGAAGGUUGUGAAAAAUCUUGCCAAAUUCUUCAAUGGCAAGAAAGCUAAAAUGAAUCCUUGAAUUGGGUGAAAGAAUGUUCCUGCUGAUUGUGAUUGUUUCAGUCAGAAGUUCCAUGGCGCCCCAUAUUCUGCAAUCAGUGGGAGGGAGGAGUUCAAAUAAGUUUUUUUUUUUCUCCCCUUCAUAACUUUAUGUGCAUAGAAAUAGAAUUCCUUCAACUUUGGGUUUUCCUUAUUGGAGUAAACUAAAUUCCAGAAUCCAGAUUAUACAAAAACCCGCCUUGAGUUAUUGUCUUUAUCCAGCUUCGUGGCUCUAUAUGCUCUGACUCACUAA